AUGAGAGCGGGACGGGAGCUGCGGUGGGAGCGGCUCCCCGGGCUCUGGGUGCCGGAGGAGAGGUGUGUGAUCCUGCGUGGCUCCAAGGGCUCGCUGGACUACAGGAGGAGCUUCCCGCAGCCUGGGAAAUGGAAUUUGCCCGCUGUUGAGCUGUAGAAUAGCUGCACAAGGCCGGCGCUGGCACAGGACUGGAGCGCCCAGGGUGCUGGCAUCACGUAGGCAGCUGCCACCGAAAUGACACACUUGAUUGAAGGCCAAAAGAACCCAAUACGUAACUGCUGUGAUUAAGCUCCAUAUGAUGCCUCAGAGCAAGUAAAAACCCCUCCUUCAUCUCAUCUUGCUUGUAACGAGACAGCCGUUGCAGGGCUCUCAUUUGGGUCAUGUUGUGGCUUUUGGGGGAUUUUGGGGGGGUUGUUUUGGGUCGGGUUUUUUUUGCUUCUGGCUGUACACACCCAUGACCUGCAGCAAUCUGCACCCCCGCGAUGCCCCCUGAGAGCCUGGGGCUGUAGGUGUGCUGCUAGCUGGGAAUACAGAUCCGAGCAGGGAGAAGAUGCCAUUCCACCAUGUGACAGCUGGCUUGCUGUACAAGGGGAACUACCUGAACCGCUCGCUCUCGGCCGGCAGCGACAGCGAGCAGCUGGCCAACAUCUCGGUGGAGGAGCUGGAUGAGAUCCGGGAGGCUUUCCGAGUGCUGGACCGGGACGGGAAUGGCUUCAUCUCCAAGCAGGAGCUGGGCAUGGCCAUGCGCUCCCUGGGCUACAUGCCCAGUGAGGUGGAGCUGGCCAUCAUCAUGCAGCGCCUGGACAUGGAUGGGGACGGCCAGGUGGAUUUCGAUGAAUUUAUGACCAUUCUGGGACCUAAGCUGGUGUCGUCGGAGGGCAGGGAUGGCUUCCUGGGGAACACAAUAGACAGCAUAUUCUGGCAGUUUGACAUGCAGAGGAUAACGCUGGAGGAGCUGAAGCACAUCCUGUACCACGCCUUCCGCGACCACCUCACCAUGAAGGACAUCGAGAACAUCAUCAUCAACGAGGAGGAGAGCUUGAACGAGAACUCUGGCAACUGCCAGACUGAGUUUGAAGUGCACGCCCAGAAGCAGAACCGCCAGACGUGCGUGCGCAAGAGCCUCAUCUGCGCCUUCGCCAUGGCCUUCAUCAUCAGCGUGAUGCUGAUCGCGGCCAACCAGAUCCUGCGCAGCGGCAUGGAGUAGUGCUGGCACGGCACGGAAGAGUCCUGGCAGCGGGAUGGCGGCCAUGCAUGCGCACCCCGGGAGAGCUCCCGCCCCGAUCCCACGGCACCGACACGCGGGCACAGCCGGCGCCUGCAGCAGGAGCCUGAGCCAGCAGCGUGUCCUGUGAACCAACCACAUCCUUUUGGCAGGGACAUCAAAGGGCUGUUCUAAUGCUUUAAAGGUUUUGUUUCCUAAUGCAAUAAUCCCAUAUCCAGGAGUCCCGAAUUAUUGCUUCGAAACAGCAAUGGCAACGCGGAGGAGACUGGGAUCCGGCGCUCUGCGGUUUGAAGGAGGCCCAGCCUCGUGACUUGUCCUUAUCCCAGGGCCCACUGACUAUCCCACGGAGCUCCCGCCGGGCCCACAUUCCCAGGAAGUUGAUCGUAGCAUUGCCACAAGCAAGUCCCAUUCCUUUUGUUCCACGUGUUCCAGCUUCACUUUCCGUUUCCCUUAUGACCAUGCCAUGGAGUUUACGGCAUUAGAGGGGAGCUAGAGCAUCCUUGUACAGUAUUUUCUGAGGAAAAAAGGGGAGAAUUUUCCAGCACCAUACAAAAUAUCUAUUUUUUGCUUCAUCAGCUCCACCUUUGACACGAGACUGUGGGGUAGCAGGAGUCUGUUGGCCAUUUUUUUCCGACUGCGAAUCAGGGCUUGAGGAGCACCCCCCGCUUUCCCACCUGGGCAUUGCUGAACUUGUGCAAAGUCUUCCAAGGGACUCUGCCACCACCAGCGCCAGCUAAACCUCCCUCUCCUUGGGCCUCUCUGUGUAUUCAACAUUUGCUCUCCAGCAGUUUUACCCUUCUUCUAUAUUCUUCUACAUUCAAGAAUUUUUUCCCAGGUGAAAAUCCUGAGGGAAGCUCUUCCUGAGCUUUCCUCUCCUCUCCUUGCCUGCACAACUUUAAUUUAUUCCGUUUCAUGUGGCCUGGUUAUGAUCUGCAGCGAAACCUCCAUGGCAGACGUCGUCCUGUGGGGGAGGUUUUAUUUUCACCCACAUGGUGAAGGGUGGAUUUGACCAGCCAACUUCUCCAUUGCCUCCCAGGAUCCAUCCCACCACCCCCAUCCCAUGGGCAGGCUCCACAGAGGGCCGGUGGAAAAAGCCGAGCGCAGCAGGAGAAGAAGGAACCAAACCUGAGCCCACCCCCGUGCAUUUGAAGUGUGUCAGACUUCCAGAUCCGGGGAGCGUUGGGUGUUUUUCCUGGAAUACAUUUUAAGGAGCAGCAAGGAGAAGAGGGAAUGAUGCAGAGCAGGGACACCACACGGGAAGCGCAAGGAGCCAGGAUUACUUGGGAAGGUGGUUUUCCUUUGAAACUUGACACAAAUCCAUGCAUUUCCCUGUGGAUGGACUGUGCCCCUGGGUGCCACACCAGGACAGAGGUGACCUCCUGCCCUCCUGGGAGGGGUUUCCCAGCUGGUGAUCAUGGAGUGCUCCAAGGGAGCUCCGUGGAGGCACUCGGGUGUUGGAGUGGGGUGGCUGUGCUGGGAGAGCCCCAGACACACCAAGGAACGCUGAGAUCUUGCUCCUGGACGUGGAGGUGACUGUUCCGUGUUCCCUGUGCCACAGGAGGGGCAGGAUGGCUCCCCAAGGAGCUGCACACCCCCAGCUUCCCUCAUCCCACACUGCAGCCAUUGACUGACACUGGAUGCAUCCCGAACACUCGUUCCAGGACUUUCUUUUCUACCAGUCUGAGUGACAACAUUUACCUGUAUUUUUAGCAGCCUAAUUUAAAAAUCUGCUGCUCGUUUGUCCUGUCUCCCACCACCCCUUUAAACCCAAGCCACUUUUAGGUGUCUCAGUCUCCCACCUCCACUUUUUCCUGCCAUUUUCCUGGGGUCCCCUCCAUCCCAAAGACAACACCUUUUCCACAGCAGCUGAGUUGGUUUUUCUGCCUUUCCCAAACACACAACUACUGCAUUUCUGUUCUGCUGUGACCAAUAGAGGUGAGCUGCAGAAUAUUCCAUAAAAAAAAAAUGAUUCAGUCUCCCAGAAGAUGGAGAGAUUUCCAUUUGCUGUAGAGCAGCAGCAGAAUAUCUGUGGGAUAUUCUGGUGGGGGAUUCUCGGUGCUGGGGAGCCCAGGCACAUUUUCUGUGCUGGACAUUGCAGAUAACGAGCUUGGAGAUCAUUUUAAGGAAAUUCAUCCCCACAUUUAGGUCUCAGGGGUCUGUGAAAAGGUGGCAGCAGUGGGAAAAAGUCUAAAUGUUCCUUGCCACCAAGGAAUACUCAUUUUGUCCCUGGGUUUGUGCUGGAGUGAGCGUGGGCAGAUGGAGGUGGAGGGGAGGGAUGGGGGGAGCAUGGGGCAGAGCGGAGCCUCCGCUGAGCCCAAACCCACAGCCCCAAACCCACAGCCCCAAACCCACAGCCCCAAACCGGGCAUUUCCCCACAUUCCCUCACCCAUGUGCCACAAACCCCCAGCAGAGUCCAGGCCCAGCAGCCACCUCAUGGACGAUGAUUGUCUGCAUUCCGUGGAGCUUUCUGGAAGGCUCCACAAUUCCCCCAUGCAUGCUCCACAGUCCCUUGUAAAUAGAGCCAUCCUCCCCUCGCAGCUCCAUCUGUAAAACCAAACCUGUAAUUAAUAUAUUGGUAAAAGCCAUAGCCCGGUGUCAGUAGAGUUCAUUGCACAACUCCCCACUGAUUUUACUGGGUACAGGAUUUUGGGGGCUUUGGGUGUGAUUUUUCUGUAGGGAACCUCAUUUUUCCAUGAUGAAUCAGGGUCAUGUCUUGCCAGAGGUCUCCUUUCCCUUCCUAGAGCAGCCUUCCUCCCUCUCCAGGCGUUGUGAAGAGAUCCCUUCUUUACUCAGUGACUCCUGGCAAUGCAGGAUGGAUCAGGCCAAGUGAUUCCAUCCUUUCCUUCCCCGCAACUUUCCCGUCCUUCCCAUCCAGCAGCACUGGAUGUCUCCUACCUCCCUCCCUGGCUCCAUUUAUGUAACAUCCAUUUAUCUCCUUUUUUUUUUUUCCUUCUACACAAGAGGGAAAAAUAGGGCUUUUUGCUGCUUUUACAGACAGGAGGUAAAAAUAGAGCAGUAAAAUUCUGAUUGGAACCUGAUGGCAAAAGCUGAGGGGGGAGAAAGCAGAAGAAUCAAAGACACAAAAAUAAAAACCCCACAUCCCAUACUUUAAGGAAAAAAAACCCCUAUUUAAGUGCUAAUUAACAUACUUUAAAAAAUACCCAGACUGCAGCAGAGCUGUCAGAAAAAGCUCUAAACUUCUGCUCUUGCCAGUUCCAGGAGGAUUGAAGUGUCUUUUCAGCCCUGCAGCUCUGGAGGAACAGGAGAUUGCCAUGGCAACCCCGGCUGUUCGUGACAUGGGUGCCACUGUGGCGGAGCACACACGAUCCCAGACUUCCAGGGAUGCGCAAACAGCUCCCAGCAGUGGGACAGGGGCUUUGCUCAUGGAUUAGGAAAUUAUUAGGAAUUCGUGAGCAGCUCUGUUGGCUUGGCCACAAAAAACUGUGUGCAAUUAAGGGGACUGACGUGCAGGGAAGGCUUCAGGAGGGACGUGAUGAUUUCAGGCCGAGAGAGGCUUUGGUUUCAUUCAGGAGGGAGUGAAAUCCACUCAGCCUGAGCACUGCCUGUCCUGGGCUUGCUGAGGACACUUUGGAAAGGUUCUCCAUGUGGGGUUCGAGCUCUGGUGGGAAAGAUUUGGGCUCCUGCUCCUGCAAGGCUGCGCCCCUGCUCACCACUGACCUUGGCUUCAGCCACUGGCUCUAGCAGGGAGCCUGAUUCCCUGCUCCUGGAGAAGCCAGCAGAAGGAACAGAGGCUCAUCAAUGCUGAAAUAAUUUGGAGGCCGUGGGGAAGAGAAUUCCAAAAAAAGCUGCUGAAGGAACACUGCUCACGUGCCAGAGCCAAAGGCAUUCCUUACGGGCAGCCUUGAGGAAACCACAGCUGGGGAGUGUCCAGGCAGGACAGGUGCAGUGGCUUAGUCCUGUGCGGGGCCAGGAGCUGACUUGAGGUCCCUGUGGGUCCCUUCCAACUCAGGGCAUUCCAUGGUGGUGGUGCUGGUGGCCCUGGAGAGCCAGAUCCUGCUGACAGGCAGUGAUACCUGGAGGUGUGUCACCUCCUGUGCCACCCACGGGAGCCUGGCCCCUCCACGACUGCACCACUGGGAAGGAAUUCCUGAUCAGAAGCAAUGUCAACAUAAUUGAAAGAUCGAAACUAGGGAGGCUUGGCUUUGGUAGGACGGUGUUCCCAUGCUGCGGGAAGUGAUAUGGAAUUAAAGAGUUCCCAAAAUAAUUCCCUUCCUGCUUGAUGGGCACCCCCAGAUCCCCCAGUCACCGUCAGCACCUGGGACAGCGAUCACAGACCCCAGGUCCAGGGUGAGCAGGAGGGUGGCAGGGAGCAGCACUCCCAGCUCCUGUCCCUGCUCCCCGGUGAGCCAGAGCUGAAUAUCUGGGUGUAAUCCAGGUAAUUUGAGAGAUUCCAUCCCGGUUAUCCAGAGGUUUCACCUGUUGGACGUGUGCUGGAAGGGCUGGAUGCUGGCUGCUUUAAUUCCAGCAGCUUUGUAAAAAAGAGAUGUCCAUAGGAACCCAUCUUUUUGAGCUGGGGCCAAGUAAAGAGGGGUUUUAAAUCCAGAAUGAAGGUAGGAAGCAAGAAGCCAAGGUAGAAAACAUUCCCAAGGACGCCACUCUGGAUGGCUGGAAUCUGUUUGGGUGAGCCAAGUACCCACUGGACCUUUUUUCCAUGGAAAGCGUCAGAAUAUUUUGUCCCAAAACCCCACUCCGCAUCCUCCUGCCUGGUGCAGAAGAGUGAAACAUCUCCCGGGCCACCCCCGGCACUGGGAGGGGCUCCAGGUGACUGGGAGGGGCUCUGUUCCUGGCGAGGGCCCUGGGACAAGGGGACUCUCCGCUGUUCCCAUGGAAAACUCGUUCCCUGCACGUGCUGGGAGCUGCCAGGGCUGUCACCACCCCGAGGUGACAGGAGCACAGCCCCCCUGGAUCAGCGAGGGGAGAAGCAGUGGGAGGAAUUACAUUAAAAUCUCUGAGAAUUAAGUCCCUCAUUUCAUCCACCCCUGUAAUCCAUGAUUUAGUUCCUGCUUUAUGGAUGAGCGUUUGAAAGAAGAAAAACCAACCCUUCUAAAAUGAGAAUCUGAUGAAGUGUCUUUUUUUCUUGGCUCUGAAUCACGCUUCCAUUCCACUGAUGAAGAUGUACAGAACUUGCUGGGUUUCAAUCCAUUAUUUUACCCUCCUGUGCUCUGACAGUGCAAUUACGUUUCCCUGGCAUCACUUAAAACCUGUUCCUUUCCCAGGAAUUUAAUGCAGAAAACAAAAAGUUUCACCACAUUUCCAUCUCUUUAUGUUGUUGGCUGCUAUCAGGACUGGGUCUAUGUUUCUCCAGUCCAAGAAGGACAUUUUAGGCAGCUCUAGGAAGUGCAGAAGCUUCACCAAGCACAAGAUGGGCAGCAGAUCUAACACCAUUUUAGUUGGAAGUGUGCUCCCCUUACACCUUCCCAGCGGCAAAAGCCUGGAAAGCUGCUGUAAUUUGGCAUCUUCACUACAAAAUAAUUGCAGCCCCAGAAGAGGGGGAAAGGAGAAAAAAGGAAUCCUCUGGAUCCAGAGCUCAGUACUUGACAAUCAGAUGAUGAAAGUACCACAGGACUUUUUUAUUUUCUGUCAAGACAGACCAAAACACUUCGUAGCCUUGAAAACCAUUGCUAAAUGAAAUUGCCACUUUCCCCCCAAUUACCUUCCCCAGCUGUUCCUGGCCUGUCUCUGCCAGCAUCCCAAACCAGCAGCUGGAUUUACCCCCUUUAGGUGAGGUCCAUGUUCCCUUUCUCAGCUGCUCCUGUGUCUCCAUCAGCCAACCAGGAGACGUCAGGAAGCUCUGAGGUGGCUCCAGGAGCCCCCCUCUGGUGCCACCAGCACUUGGGCACGUCCUGCCCCUCCUGGGGGCAGCUCCAAAGGGUGCAGGUGAUGGUUUUGACAUCGAUCCUCACAUUCCUGCCUCUAUCCCCACCGCAGCAGCCCGAGGAUGGGGUCACAGUCCUGGGCUUCUCUCCCAGAGCAGCCAAAGCUCCUUCAGCCCCUACAGCAGCUCCUGUUCCUCAGAUUUAUCUGGGCUGGGGCAGGAAGGGAGAGCAGGGCUCCAGGGUCAGUCAGAAAUAACUCGUUAGAGUUAAUUGGCUUCAAGUGGAAUAAGCCCGGGAUCCAGCCUGUUGCCAUUUAAUCCAUAGCAGGAUCUAAGGAAUCAACGCCUCCUGAUUCAUCUCUAGGAAGUUCUCCACUAAUCCCUGUGUCUCCUUUUUGUCACCAUUUCAUGUUUCCCAGCCAUUUACUGUUCAUUUGUAAACUCACCGGGUUUUUUUGGCUCGUUAACGAAAGACAUGGCUUUUUAAUUAAAGACAAAAAUUCACAAAGUCAGCAGCAUAAUAGUAAAAAAAAAAAAAAAAUUCCAACAAAAAACCUUUGUAUAAAAUACUGUAAAUAUUAAUAUAAAUUAACUGGGCAUGCACCUGAAAUAAAUCCUAUGUUACUGCAAGUUAUCCGAGUGUAUAAAGGAGUGUAUAAAGGAAAUCUGAAUGCCAUAUGUAUCAGCUGUUCCCUCUAACCAAACUCUACUGUAAAUAUAUAAUCUGUAUAAAAAUAUUUUAAUUUUAUCAUUAUUUAUGCAAUAGAAAUAAAGGUUUUUUUCUUUUGAUGAA